GAUGCCUACUUUUUGGACUAAUAUUGUUUAUAUCUUAAAGAUAUUUGGUCCAUUAGUUCGUGUGCUUAGAUUAGUUAAUGGUGAGAAAAUGCCUGCAAUGGGAUAUAUUUAUGAGGCGAUGGAUAGGGCUAAAGAAGCAAUUGCAAAGUCAUUUGAUGAAAAUGAAGAAAAAUACAGGACAAUUUUUGAGAUUAUUGAUAAACGAUGGGAAAGCCAACUCCAUCGACCUUUGCACGCAGCUGGAUAUUAUUUGAAUCCUGAAUUUUUUUAUUCAAAUGAGAAAAUUAAUGAAGAUGUUGAGGUUGUUACCAGUUUAUACCAAGUUGUAGCAAGGUUGAUUCCAAGCAAAGAAGAGCAAGACAAAAUAAUGGCACAAUUACCUUUUUAUCAAAAUGCUGAAGGUAUCUUUGGGAUGGAUAUGGCAAUUAGGAAUCGAAAGAAAGUAUCUCUAGCUACAUGGUGGCUAACUUAUGGAGCAACAACUCCAAAUUUGAGAAAUUUUGCUGUUAAAGUGCUUAGCCUCACUUGUAGUGCAUCUGGUUGUGAGCGUAAUUGGAGCAUCUCUGAGCAUGUAAGUGACAAAACAUCUCCCUUUAGAAUUAUACCUUUCAUUUGUUCUUUCAAAAAUUAUACUUAUUAAAAUUGUUAUAUUUUGCAGAUUCACAGUAAAAAAAAGAAAUAAACUAGCUCAAAAUCGCUUGAAUGAUUUGGUGUUUGUCAAGUACAAUCGGUCAUUAAAGCAUAGAUAUGAUGCACGUGACCGCAUUAACCCCAUCUCAUUGAAAGACAUUGAUUAUAGUAAUGAAUGGCUAAUGGGUCAAAUGGAGGAAGAGAUGGAUAGAGAUGAACUUGUUUUUGAAGAUGAUGAUUUGACAUGGAAUGUGGUUGCUGCAGCUACUGGAGCUGAAGAGAAUGCCUACAACACUAGAUUAAGU